AACAAGUUUCGUUUCUACAACCGACUUCAAUUCGAAAGCACUCUAGCAAAGCUGCUCCAAUGGGCCGCAAGUGUUGUGUUCCGGAUUGUAACUCCAACUACGACGCCAUCCGGCGCAAGGGACAGUCGGCCAUCAGUACGUUCAAGUUCCCCGUGGACCAGGAGCUGCGCGAACGUUGGAUACGGGCGGUCAACCGGGAGGAGCGGUGGCAACCGGGCAGUACGGCCAGCAUCUGCAUUAAUCAUUUUCAACCGGAGGAUAUUGUGCGGUACGAUAAACCGGCCAAGCUGAAGCAGGACGCCGUUCCGACGAUUUUUGGAACCGUGCUGCGGAAGGAAGGGGAACCGGUGAUAAAAAGAGGGAGGCCGAAGAAGAAGAAUGUGGCGGAACGUGAACCUGGGGUGGAAGAAGAAACGUUGGAAUCGGAGCACGAAUGUGUGGAGUAUUUGGAGGAUGAGUAUUUGAAACCGGUUGAGCUGUUGGAAGAGCUGAUACUGGAUUUUGAGGCAUUCCAGAGGACGAUUGAGGCGAAAGGAGCUUAUGAAAAUUGGCACCAUCAUCGUAAAGGAGACGUGGUACAUUUCUACAGCAUCCUGGACGAGGAAGCAGAUCAAGCGAUUGCUAUUGAAAAUAGCAUUAAAAUCUUUAAGGACAUGAAAAUAAAUCUAUUCCUGAAAGGAGUAAUUCAAGCUGAAGAAUCGUUGAAAUGGAUUCUGGGACAGGAAUUCAAGCUGUGUCGUUGGUCACAGUUCGAAACAAUACUUCAAAAGUAUAAUCCACAAUCCUAUUGUUCGAGGAGUGUUGAAGAUGAAGGCGAAGAAGAUACAUCACAAACAGAGCUCCAUAUUGAUGACGAGCAGAAUGCAGAAGAUGAUCAUUCUCGUGUUGCAAGAAAAGAGGUGCUACAGAUUGAAAUAGUCGAUUCCCUUGUACCUUCAGAACAAAUUGAAUUUUUAACAGUUGAACCAAAGAACGACUCGAUUGAUGGUGAAAUCAGCUCGAACGUUAGGCGAAAUCCAUUGAAAACAAAGAACGAGCGGAUGUUUACCCGAGAAGAUCGGGUAGAGCGAAGAAAUGUUCGGGAGAUGGUUCGAGCCCUCAAGAAAGCUAGACAUAGGUGCUUUAUAUGUGAGAAGGAACAUGAAAGUCUUGCAGCAUUCGAACAACACCUGCCAGAUCACAUGGAUAUGUUGCCGUAUAGUUGCGAUCGAUGCGUUUCGCAGGACGUGACCGUCAGAACGCUGGCUGCUUUGAACAAGCACUUUUUCAUGCACUUGAAACCGCUCAAGUGCCGGGUUUGUGAUGUGAGGUUCUCGAAUUAUGGAACGAGAUUGCUGCACGAACAGAACAGUCAUGAGGACAGCGGACCAAUACCGUGUGAGGUUUGUGGGAAAGUUCUGCGAUCAAGGCGAGGAUAUCAACACCACUACAAGAUGCACAGCGAUCCGGACUCAAUGAAGUGUAAACUAUGCGAAAAGCUGCUCUCCUCAAGCUACGAAUUGAAGCUGCACAUGCGAGUACAUACAAAGGAAAAGCCAAAUAAAUGCUAUUUUUGCCCGGCAUCGUUCAACAGAGUGUCCAACCUGAUCGAACACAAGCGACGGUUUCACUGCAAGGAACGACCAUUCGUUUGCGGUGUCUGCCAGCUCGGAUUCCGGUCAAACGCAGAGCUCAAACGGCACGAGCCGACUCACGAUGCGGACAAGACCACGAUCAAAACGCAGCGGAAGUCAGUGACGACCGUUCCAGCGAGCGACGGAAGGAAGGACUAUCACUGUAAAGUUUGUGACACGACGUUACCAUCGGCCACCAGCUAUCAUUCCCACAUGAGGAAGCACCGGAAACGGUUUCAGUGUAGCUAUUGUGGCCUUCAAGUGGGUCAGUUGCGGGACUUUAUCGAUCACGAAAACACUCACACAGGGAAUCGUCCCUACGAGUGCAAGAUUUGCUCGAAAAAGUUCAAGACAUCCUCCACAUACUACGGCCAUCUGGCGGUGCACUCGUCCCAAAAGCGUUUCGCCUGCGAAGUAUGCAAUAGGCGAUUUACACGACUCCGACACAUGGUUCUUCACGCCAAGACACACUCCGCUGCGACAAGCGAGAAGCCUUACUCUUGUACCACGUGUGACAAAACGUACUCCGAUCGGAACUCGUUCAAAAGACACGUUGAUUUGCAUCUCGAGGAAGAUGCCGCAUCCAAACAAGAGGAACAAAAACGGAUAAAGACGGCGACGGUACAGGUUCCCCAGGAAGUUCGGUUGGUUCCGGAAGGUGCUACGUUUACGUUGGCGGGCGCUAUUACCGAGCAAGUUCACCAGCUGCCACAAAUCAUACAGACGGCCGAUGGUCGGGAAGCGAUUUUGUUGAGCGCUGAAAUGCUCAAUCCACAGAAUAUUAUCAUUCUGCAGCAGCCGAGUAGUAGUUAGUGUUAACAUAAAAAUAAAC